AUGUACAAGGAAGCAUUGUGGGAAGAAGGUAAUCAGAGUUACCAAGGAGAAUUCAUUUUACUGGGAGUGGCUGACCGCCCACGCUUGGAAAUGUUGCUCUUUGGUAUUCUCCUGAUGUGCUACCUGAUUAACUUGCUGGGUAAUACAACCAUCAUUGUGGUGUCACGGCUGGACCCCCAUCUCCACACCCCCAUGUAUUUCUUCCUCAGCAACCUCUCAUUCCUUGAUCUUAGCUUCACCACCAGUGUGGGCCCGCAGAUGCUGGUAAACUUCUGGCGGGAAAGGAAGACCAUCAGUUACGGUGCCUGUGUGGCCCAGCUCUACAUCUUCCUUGCUUUGGGAUCCACAGAAUGUGUUCUGUUGGUUUCCAUGGCCUACGACCGCUAUGCUGCUGUCUGCCACCCGUUGCGCUACACUACCAUUAUGAGUCACUCUCUAUGCUUCAAAAUGGCUGCUUUUGCCUGGUUUAGUGGCCUUUGCAACCCAGUGAUAAUAACAGUGAUGACUUUUCGGCUCCCACGGUGUGGAGAGAACCGGAUAGACAAUUUUUUCUGUGAGGUGCCAGCCUUAAUCAAACUGGCCUGUAUUGACACCUCGCUGACUGAGGGUGUGCUCUUUGUUUCCAGUGUGCUUUUCCUUGUAACACCCCUAGGGCUCAUUGUGGUCUCUUAUAGCUUCAUUGUGGCUGCUGUGUUAAGGAUCCGGUCAGCUGAGGGCAGGCGGAAGGCCUUCAACACCUGUGCUUCCCACUUGAUUGUCGUGUCUCUCUUUUUUGGGACAGCCCUUUUCACCUACCUCCAGUCCCCGUCAAAAAUUGGCCAUGACCAAGCCAAGAUGGCCUCCCUUUUCUAUACAUUUGUCACCACUAUGCUCAAUCCACUCAUUUAUACACUGAGGAACAAAGAGGUGCACAAAGCUCUAAGAAGAUUGAUGAAGAGAACUUAAGCCCAACGUCUCCCAGCUUCAUUCAGA